UGUUUAGAACGUCAACACAAAAGGGAAUCCCGCAUGAAUCCCAAAUUUAUCAACACAAUAUCAAACACUGUUUAAACUAGUCAUUAAUUUCUAAUCUCAUACUGAUAAGAGUAUAUUUUUGGGCUGUUUGUUUUGAAAAACCUCACAAAUAAAAUCGCCUUUUCGUGUUUCGGUGUGCCUGGGGCAGCGUGUUAGGUGAUACGUUACAGAUAAAAAAAAGUGUAUACGAAAAAGAGUUGAAAAAUUAGUAAAAAGGUAUUGUAAUUUGUUAGCGGACCAGGAAAUCUCGGAACGAAAGCAUGGCUGUUACUAUUGAAAAUCUUCCAGAAGAGUGAUAGGUAUUUUUCAUUACAGAUGCUGGACAAAGUGUUUACAUAUCUGUCACUGGAGGACCGCAAAGCGGUAUCUCGUGUGUGCCUAUACUGGUCCAGGUUAGCGUUUAGGCGAAUGAACUUUCAAAUAGCGAUCGAUGUGCGGAAGAAUAAGUCUGAGCGAACCUAUCUACGGGUGCUGUUGGGUAGUAAUCGCCGCUAUCGACAUCUCUGGUUUUAUUUUGGCAACCGGCAGGACAAAUCCGAGUUGAUGCUUGCCAUUAUGCGCACGUUCGCUGAUUCUCUUGAAACCUUAAAGAUUAUGUCGGAUAGUACCAUUGCCUUGAGGUUGGAUGUCCUAAGUCACGUUGCCGGGAUCUGCAGGAAUCUUAAGAUUCUGCAUCUGCAGUCGGUUUUGUUCCAGUAUCACGAUUGCAGCGACACACAAUUCGAUGCACUGGCAAGACUCGAAAGGCUGUAUUUGAGGAGCAAUUUACUAGAAUUUAGCGAUGUGCCGAUAGAAACGAUGACUCCAAAUAUAACAAGCCUGUUCAUAAUAAUCAGCUACGUUUCAGUGCGUCCGAUAGAGUUUUUGCGGUCUUUUAGUUCACGUCUGAGACAGUUGGAGGUCCGCUUUUUGACUGAUGAUCACUUCGGUGCUUUUUCCAAACUGGAGUUUCCACAGCUCGAACAGCUUAGUUUGUCGUCGGCCGAUUCGCUGCUAGAAGGAAACAAACUGGCUUCCUAUGUUGAGCUGUUUCACGGCUUGUCCAACCUGGUUGAACUAACCUUGCAGUACGAAAUAAGCAUAACGGUUCUGGAGAGCGUAACCAAGUGUUGUAAAAAAUUACGAAGUCUUUGUUUAGACACCGAAGAAUUAUUCGAUGAGCAUUUUGUGUUGAUUGGUGAGCUGAAAUGUCUUGAGGCAUUACGACUGAUGAGCGCCGAGAUUGGAAUUGAAAAUGCGGAAUCAUUUCCGGUGCUACCUGGCUUACGACAGCUUACGCUGGAGGGCGUGUCCGUCGAAAUGUUCUUUGAAUUGAACAGCUUUAUUCGACACUCGUUUCCUGCACUGGCUUCUCUUCAGCUGGUAAGGGUAUGCAGACAUAUGGACACAGGAAAGAUGGCUAUAUUUUAUAACUGCUUGCUCUGUAAUCUGCUUUCAUUGGAACGAUUGCUGUUGAGCGAAAAGGAAAAUGAGCUGGAUAUGAAACUGUUCGCGUGCUUUGUGCAACUGCCACGGCUUCAUAGGAUACAGCUCCACUUUAGGAGUCUAGUAGCCUAUAACAGUCUGCACGAUUUUAGUUCUGUCUGCAACUUUCGAACGGUAGUUCUAGAUGUGCGCCAAAUUGACGAAAAGAAUCUUCAGAUGAUGUUGAAUCAGCUGCCUAUGUUAAAGCAGUUGGAGAUACCUGCUGCACAUUUCUGCUCGACAGAGGGUUUGCAAAUUAUUCGGCAAAAGCAUCCCGAUUGCAUUAUCAUCACUAGGCUAAAGUUCCAAAUGGACUGGUGGAGAAAAUGUUUCUCAUAACACGUCAUGCAUGGAAACAGGGGGCAUAAUACUAACUUGACGUUGUACAAUGUAGUGGCGUAGUUAAGUUGAGAAGUGGUGGCCUUAUUUGAAUUGUACUUUAUAUUGUGUAAUUUGUGUCUGUUGUUUUGGGAUAAUAAAAUAACUAUUUGUGAGUUUUAUUCGGAUUCUGAA